ACGAUCUUUGGUUUACCGACGUCAUGACGUCAGUGCGCUGGGUCUGUAAGCUCCGAGCAGCUUCCGGAACAUCGGAGUGAUUAAACAUUAAAAACAUCCUUCAAUCAAAGUUACUGACAGGCUGACAGCUGGACAGCUCCACACCCCGAGGACCCCCCGAGGACACACAGGGGCACACAGGGACAGGGACUAGACCGGACCUGGUCUCUGCAAGAGUUCAUGUCAUCCAGCGAUCAGAGAGGAGAGACUUCCUCCUUCAGUGUAUCCAGAGGGGGUGGAGCCAGAGGACGGGUACAGGUUCUCUGAGGGGAGUCACAGCGGCGUCUGAGAUGUGAAGCCGAAGGAUCAGAGGAGCUGUCACUCAUAGACCACGCCCCCCCUGCAGCUGCAGCCAAUCAGGAUCAGUGUGAAGGACCAUCAUGCACCUUGAGUCGUGUCCUCAGUUGGGGUCAGGGUGCGGUGUAGUUGCUCCGUCGGUCCAUCAGGGGGUGCUGUUGAGGUCUCGCAGCAGUAACCAUGGCAGCGGUGGGCGUGUCCCGCUCAGCGUUCUCUCCACAAACACGCUUGGCUACAGCGACAUGGCUAACCAGAGCGUGUUCUCUGUGCACCUGAAGGUGUCGCCCUGCGCCCCCCCGCAGCGCCCCCCUCAGACUGAGAACGCCGCACUCAGACUGCAUCAGACCACGCCGGGGGACGCCGAGACCUCGCUGGACAUCUGGACCGUCAUCAAGCCCGGACACGUCCGGGAGAAGAUCGCUAUAUUUGCUGCAGAGGGGCAGAGGACGGAGGCUGCCAGCAGCUCUGACAGCAGAGACAGGACGCCGUCAGUGUGUCAGAGCCACGCCCCCAUGGCGGGGGUGAUCAGGGCUGUGAAGGCGAAGGGCAGCUGGGAAGAAAACUGCAGUGCUAAACGACGCCGUAGGUCGGGACACAACCUGACCCUCCAGCAGGACCAGAGGACCCGGGUCCUAAACAAACAGCAAUUCGCCAAACCGGCCCCUACGCUGCGAUCAGACAUGACGCAGCAGUCAAACGGUGUGCGGCGUGCACAGGAGGUCACAGCUGAGGAGGAGCAGAAGGUCUCUGUGGGGGAGAUGGUGGCGUUCCUGGAGCAGAGAGCCAGCGAGCAGCCAGACUCCAAGCCUCUGCUCACCCUCCAGAGGAGCUCCGCCUCCAUCACACUCUCCAGAGCCCCGCCCCCUGAGCUCAGGGACGACUCAGAGGUUUUGGGGGAGGAGUCAGAGAGUGUGAAGGUGUCAGACAUGGUGGCCAAGCUGGAGUCCGAGUGUCUGAGGAGGAGAGCGGAGGGAGAUCUGUCCAGGAGCAACAGCCUGAGGAGAUCAGUGGGACGAGUCCUGCUCGCCACUGGAGACCAGAGCCCCGCCCCCUACCAGCGUGUGUCAUCACAAUCAUCAGUGAAGUCAUCAGUGACAUCAUCAUCCACGUACUCAUCACUACUUGGGGUUCAUCCUGCCGGCAAGGAGCCAAUCAGCUGCUCUGAAACACCCACUGCUUCGACAAUGACCCCGCCCUCCUCGCCACGGCAGGCCAUGCCCCCUUCAGGUGCGGCUGGAGAAAAGGAUGAGGUCAGUGGUCUGCAGGGAGGAGCCACGCCACACACUGCACUGUGUGAGGUGGCGGAGCCUCUGCCAGGCUUGUUGUUUCUGUCUCCUGCAGCAGAGACACGUUCCCCCUCAGGCCCCGUCUCUCUUCCUUCAGUCCCCGCCCCUCUCCCCUCAGGCCCCGCCCCUCCCUUCACAGACCGACAACACUCUAGCUACAGAACGACCUGUGACCACAGGCCCCGCCCCUUUGUUCCUUGCUCUAGCUGUGGCAGCCAAUCAGAGAGGAGGCGUCUGUCUGAGCAUGAGCAGGUCGUGUGUUUGAUUCCCUGCUCCGCUGUUCCUCCCGGGCGCCGUGCGUCUGCGUCGCAGGACUUCCUGUUGAUGCGUCAGCGCCUGCAGCAGCUGCUUGAGCCGCAGCCGUACCUGUUGGUGCUGCCGCAUCACGUGCUGGUGAAGAUCUUCCUGCUGCUGCCCACGCAGAGCCUCGCCGCGCUCAAAUGCUCCUGCCAGUACUUCGCCUUCGUCAUCGACUCGUACGGCGUGCGGCCCGCCGACUCGCUCUGGGUCUCAGACCCCCGUUACCGUGACGACCCCUGCAAGCAGUGUAAGAAGCGUUAUUGCCGCGGCGACGUGUCCCUGUGCCGCUGGCACCACAAACCGUACUGCCAGGCGCUGCCGUACGGCCCCGGUUACUGGAUGUGUUGUCAUGGUGCCCACAGGGACGCGCUGGGCUGCAAUGUGGGUCUCCAUGACAACCGCUGGGUGCCGGCGUUCCACAGCAUCAAUGUGCCGAUCUACUGUCGCCAUGACAACUGAGACACUGUGUGUGUGUGUAUGCGUGUGUGUGUGUGUGUAUGUUCAUGUGUGAGCGUGCCUGUGGCGCCCCUUGCUGGUCCUCCUCUGUCCCAUCCUCCAGCUGCCCUGUGGUACCAUCCGUCUGAAGGGGGGUGGGGGUCCCGGGCAGGACUCCUCUCCUUCUUCUUCUGUGGUGUCUGACUGUCAGGGAGCAGAGAGACUAACACCUGUACGGGUCCACCUGAGAGAACUGCUCAGUCUGCAGGAUCCUGAACAUCAGAGAACACACGAGACCAUGAGACUCCCUGUGGUCAGAUCAGACAGUCACAAGACCAACAUGAGGUCCUGGUUCUCAGGGUCAGAGGAGGUCCUUGACCUCAGGGUCAGUGGACAGUUCAUUAACAUCAGAGCUCCUCCUGUCAGCUGGAGCCAACCGGACUCUGUGGACCAUCAGGAACAUGAGCUUUCAUGCUCCAUUGAACCAGGAUCAUGUCUCUGUAGCUGUGAGGAGGCGGGGCUUCAGGGGCGGGGCUUCAGGGGCGCUUGAGAAUACUGUUGGAGAGCAGAAGAACUUUGGAGCACCUCGCUUGAGUUUACAUUUGUACAUGAAAAGAGUUUAUGAAUCCUCAACCAGCAGCUGAGUGACAUCACUUCCUGCAUGGUGGGGGAGGGUGGGGGAGGAGGGGGAGGAGGGGGAGACGUGGCCUUGGUGUGGAGAUGAUGCAAUAAGACAAACUGAUGAAAAGAAGAGGAGAGAAAGAGACAAACGGACUCUGACCUUCAGAGUUUUUUAAGGUUUGUUUUUCUGUCUGCAGCUGUUUGUUUCUGUGAUCUCUAAUAAAGUGCUUUAUCUGAGAGUC